AUGACCCCUGUUCCUCCAGGUACAAUUGUUCCUAAGUGUUGUACUCUCUAUUCUCAUAAUCUAAUCCGAGGCAUUACCAUGAUAGGCACUACUAUUACUAUAGCAACGUCAGGGAGCCGCGAUACCUUUUUCUCGCAGCUAGUCUGUAGUUGUGCACUUCUCGUUUUGCAGUCACACAUUAUUUCACAAAAGAUCAGCACCGAAAAUAUCAGAUCCGACCCUUGCUGGGAUGAGUGCCAGAAGCGCGGCGCAAGCAGAAGAGUUAGCCCCCAUCGGAACUUCCCUCACACAAUCGCAAGCAGCGGCAACCGUUGCUGGUGAAGUCCACGCGAUUCUGGGAGAGAAUAUCCAAAGCCCGAGCACGAUUCAGUUAUCUCAGCCGAGCAAGUUUCUACAGACCAACAUCGUGGAUCUGACAGAGGAUAUAUCGCCUGACAGACCUUCUAGAGAACCAGAGCCAUCGACACUCAGACACCAACAUUCCGAAGGAGUAGGAGCAGGACCGUUUACAGCUACAGCAAACGACGGGACGACCACAGGAGCAUCUGCCAGUAAGGAGGGAUCAAAAAAAGCAGACACGGCGCAAUAUUUUUCCAUCGGAUCCCCGCGAAACAAUAGUGCUGCCGCUCCUGGGGAAAACAGCUCUUCAUCCAACCCAGUUUCUCGGAAUCCCAGCAGUAUCCCACGAGAAAAUUGUUAGUUUCACUGUGACGUUUCUGCCGGAUGACGCGCCGCGACGUCGCAAUGUUGUUAAAUUACUUUCACACACGAAGUCACCGAAACAAAGCUGCUAUGCGUGUAAGUAUGCCAAGAUGGAAAGAACCAAUUUCGUAUAUUCCUAGUAGGACGGACGCUUCUUGUGUGAGUGUGUGGCAUGAUCUUGUUCCUCUGCGCGAUUUAUAUACGAAGCUCACGGUGAUCAAACACGUUUUUCUGGCGAUGAGCUGCGCUGCCAGUGUGCCCAUGUCUCCCAGUAGUGGUAACGGAAGUUCUAAUAUCGCGUGAAAAACUGUUUCCCAACUCUCAUUUUGUUAAAUGCAAAACAUCCUUUAGGCAUGUUCCAAAAUCGUGCUUCAUAUCUGUUUUUCAUUGUUUCUGACGCAUAGCAGAUUUCCCGUGUCAUGUAGUUGUGCAAGUAAAUAUGUAUCGCUGAGUCGGAGUCCUCUGCAGUAAAGGUUUGAUACCGAUGAAAGAGUAGUUUUUUCUCGCAACACAUUCGUCUGCGAAGCACGGCACCUCCGUGGUAGACAUGUUCGCGGCGUUAGAUCCGUCGCCGCAGCAGACGAAAGUAAGCAGCGGGUUUUCCUAUGAAAGUGCACAACUUCCCCUCCCCCUCAUUUGUGUUGCAUGAACAGCAACUACGCAAGUAGGGCUGGCAAAGAUGCAGUUUUUGCAUGACAAAGCCCCAGAGGAUUGUAGUGCUGUUUUGGCUUCCGGGAUCUCUCAUGCAAGCAGUGCUAACAGGUAAGGGGUGCGGGUGGACUUGGAAUUUUAUAUGACAAAUGAGGGGAAGGGGGAGUUGUGCGCCCUCAUAUUUCCACGAAGUCUUCGACAAAGUCGGGUGCGGGGAGCGGUUGUGAUCAUGGGCCUGCGCCAAGAACAGUUGAGGACACGAACCUAGACGACCUCCUGCAGCCGAAGAAACCCUCUCUGCUGUCCAACGACCCAUUUGCCUCGGGCUCUUCACCGGAGGACGAUAUUUUUGCUGUGAAGAAACCAAAUGAGCCUAAGGACCAGGGGGCGGUGGCGGCGGUCAGAAGUAGCGCACCAGGAUCAACUCAUGCGGCGGACGGUGGGACCGAGGUAGACGCAAAAUCAGGGCCGGCCGCCGCUGUUGCAGGAGGAGCGCCAAUAUCAUCAUCAACACCUCCUGGUGGCGCGCCUGGUGUGGUGCCAGGAGCCUCAGCUCCAGCAGUGUUCACUCCAGCCGCCCCGCCAGUUCCUGUGGCUGCGACUGCGGCCGACUCUACAUCGCCGAAGAUGCAGCAAGCUGUGCACACGCCCGGGCCUCCAGUAGUCGCGGUUGCGCAAGAACCAUCCAGGGAAGUGAUUAAUACCCCUGGAGCUCCACCUCCAGGCCCAACAUCAAUGCCCGCGGCGCCUCCGCUCGUUGACGAAACGAAAGCUCCCGAAUCUCAAGGCGCGCCACCACCACCACCGCCGCCGCCCCCUGCGAACCCCAAGGGAACUGGCACACCAGUAGUACUACAUCAUAUUGGCUUCACAUAUUAGAACUAAGAAGCAUGAUUAUUGGGACCUUGUUGGGAGGUGGCGCGAAAUCGAGACCACAGAUUUUUUGCACUGUUGGAUCAUAAGUGGUGAGGGUUUCAUCUGCUUUUGCGAUCGCAGGGUCGGUGGCACUGUUGGGUAAUAGUACUUUCAGCGCUUAAUUUCUAUGAGGAUGAACCUUCUUCAAAUACUUAAAACGAUUCCAGCCUCCACGAGCAGCAUCCGCCACUGCAACGCCAGCUCCCGUCGACCCCUGGCGGCGGGUGCACGAGGUGCAGGAAGAGAAACAAGUGGUCGUCGAUUCGCUGCAGCAGGCGAUACAGCAGCUCACCGCGGAGAACGAAACCCUGAGGCAAUCCUUGAAUCAACAAUCCGGUGCUACGCCGCCGAGCGGAAAUCAAUCGGCGCUCUUGCCCAAAUUCUUUGACAAAAUCUCGGAGAUUCUUGGUAAGGACGUUAAUAAACAUUUUACCUGCUCCUGGCCGCACAUCAGUAGUUAGUAGAGGAAAAUUAUUUUUUUAUCGUGAGACGACGGAUUGACAUAUGAUGCUGGUGGAUAUAUUUUCAGGAAAGUACGACAGUGGUUGGAAAUCUGUGCAAGUGCAUGGAGGUGAUCUUCCAAACAUUCAGAGAUGUGCAUGUCCCACAAAGAACCCAAAUGAGAAAGGAGAUUUAUGCACCACGACAGACGACGACCCGCUUCCAGCGAUCCCUCCCGCCUCUGCGACGUCCAACGCGUCUGCUCCUCCACCUGAGCCGCCGGCUUUCAUCGCUGCUUUUGUGAACUUCUACGGGAAUCUAUGCAAAAAUACAAGUUUCCUAUAGUACACGGACAAAAUGCGUUACAAAUUUCGCCAGCUCAACAAAGCAUGUCACCUGUCAUGCCGAAACCGAUUGUGGGGAACGGAAGCUGUGUCAUGCAGAAACCGUAUUUGCACGUAACGCGCACAGGAAAUUUACUUUGGAUAGAACCUCCGCAGCGGCCUCGCGACCUCGGCAACGAACAUCAUGCAGGCGGCGACUUUACCCGAUGCAGAUGCUGUGGAGGAACCACCGCAGCUGAUGACCUCGCCAGCCUCGACGACAACAAACUCCAACGCCCGUGGAGGUCCGGCGGUAGCAAGGCAACCAGGAGCAGCGUCACAUGGUGGAGCGAGCACAGCUGCAACUUCUGCGACGAACAUGAAACAGGGACUGAAGCAAGCGCCCCCCCCACCCUCCGAGUUCAAGAAGAUGGAAGUUCCGGCACCGCCUGCGGAGUUCAAGCCGGCGCCGAGACCGCCCGCGCCCCCGCCGAGGGAGGAAUUACAGCAAGCUGGUGUAGUGAAAAUGUUGCCAGGUGGUCCUAUUGCUGGAGGGGCGGAAGUAGGUGCUGUCGGGGUACUAGCAGAAGUACAAAAUCAUUCUCCGGAGGAGCGUAUCGAGCUGCCUCCAGCAGCCCCCGCGUCAUCUUCUACGGGAUCCAAAGGGCCGGUGGUUUAG